UAUUCGACAUUGGGCUGACAGAGAAGAGACAGUGAGAUGCUGCAUUUGUAAAACGUUAGAACAUAACCGAACCUUGAUUCUUGCGAUACAGGCCGUUAGCGCGAUACAGAUAAAACAAACUUGAUAUCGCCCAGCACCAACCACUAUUCUCAUUCUGUGCCGCGUGUAGCUUGUUGUCGGCCAGCCACAAGUCAUCAAAGUGCCACUACAGUCAUAGAGACUCCGUGUGCGGCAAAGCAAAUACGGAGAUUAUCUAAUCAAUGGAAGAUGGAAUUAAAAGUUAAAUGAUAAGUAUAUGCUACAACGAAGAAGAGCCAACUGUUCACAGACAUGCUACCUGUGCUCCCUCUUGAUGUCCUGGAGGAGAUGCUCCUAAAUGUCCCUCCACUGCAGGUGGUGUGUGUCUGUCGACUUGUGUGUCGUGAGUGGAAAGAAGUGGUGGACAGUGAUUCUCUUUGGAGAGAGAGGUGCCGAAGAGAAGGAUACCAGACAUGUGAUGCCACUAAAUUGCCUAAAGACUGGCGUUUGUUUUACUUCUUGUGUAAGAAGAGACGUAAUCUUCUCAAGAACCCCAGAGCAGAUGAUAAAUUCAAGGGCUGGCAAAUUAUGGAGAAUGGAGGGGAUAAAUGGAAAAUAGAGCCAGUGGAAGAAGUGCCGCAUCCUGACAACACGGUCCAAAAAUACUUUGCGACUUCUUACUCGACCUGCAGGAAGUCUCAGCUGAUUGACUUGGAGAAAGAGGGUUACAGGCCUUCUUUCAUGGAUGACUUUCAACCCGACAUCAUAAUAUCUGACUGGUAUGCUCCACGCUGGGACUGUGGAUCUGAAUAUGAGAUCUGUGUUGAGUUGCUAAAUCAUAAGAAGAAGCCAAUUAAGAAGUUUAGUCCAGAUACUGUUGUCUUUCAACAGUGGAAUGAUCAGAAAUGGAAUCAGAUGACUCAUGUGUUCAAAAAUUAUGGACCAGGUGUGCGUUACAUCCGAUUCAUUCAUGGAGGAAAUGACACUCAGUUCUGGGCCGGCUGGUAUGGAAUUCGGGUCACCAACAGUAGCGUCGAGAUCUGCCCAUCGGUGGACAGAGAUUUCGGUGUUCCCAUUUACUCUCCUAAGAGGUUAUAUUUGAAUAUUUUGCCGACCUGCACGCUUUGAAACCUCUCUUAGCGUAGUGUACAUCUUUCUGUCUUUUCAGCCUUAGGCAAUAGGCACAUUGAUGUUUCUCUGUGGAUAUAAAUGAUUCUGGCUGUACAAUACAGGUAACUGCCAAAAUAAUGGAAAUGCUUGAGUAAAUGAGGGAUACAAAGUAUAUUGAAAACAGGUACUUCCACGCAGGUGUUGUUCCUGAGUUAAUUAAGCAAUUAACAUCCCAUUGUACUUAGGGUCAUGUAUAAAAAUGCCCAGUUGCCCAUUAUUUUGGUUACUAUUGCUAGAGGAGAUCUCAGUGACUUUGAAAGAGGGGUCUCAAAGGAGCAUAGUGGUCGGUCUGUCUCAGUCACCAGAUCUCAACCCAAUUGAACACUUAUGGGAGAUUCUGAAGCGGUGCCUGAGACAGCGUUUUCCACCACCAUCCAACAAAACACCAAAUUAUGGAAUUUCUCAUGGAAGAAUGGUGACGCCUCCCUACAAUGGAGUUCAUCACACAGAAUAUAUGUAUGCUAAGGCACAUUGAAGCUGUUCUAGCUAGUGGUGGCCAGCGCCCUAUUAAGUCUGUUACCUUUAUCAUUUGUGUCCAUCUCUGAAUUGUACAGAGCAAAGCAAAAAUUCACAUUAUAUGCCUGGAAUACUUCAAUGUAUUUCUGCUUUGCUCUGUACAAUUCAGAGGAAGACAGACCAAAGGAAAGUGUGAACUUGAAUGUAAUGUAUUAUGUACAUAAACGUCUGACCCAUUUUGACAAAAACAUCUUUUAAGAAACGUAGUUGAACGCUUUUGCUUGUACUCACCUAUAUCUUAAUGUAAUUGUUGUCAUGUACAGUGCCUUCAAAGUAUUCAUACCCCUUGACUUACUCCACAUUUUCUUGUUACAGCCAGAAUUCAAAAUGUAUUAAUUAAAUUUUUCUAAAACAUGUAUACACAUUA